AUGGAUGAUGCCUCAACUGAACGUGGUAAUGGAGUAGCCAAGAACCCAAAACACCAAUGGAGUGCACAAGAAGAUGAACAUUUAGUGCACUGCUUGCUACGGAUGAUCCAUGAAGGUAGUUGGAAGGCUGAAAAUGGCUUUCGUACUGGAUACCUUACUCAGUUAGAAAAGUGGAUGCAUGAAAGAAUUCCAAACUGUGAGCUCAAAGCAAAUCCACAUAUUGAAUCAAGAUUGAAGACAUGGAAGCGGCAAUUUCAUGCAAUCAGUGAGAUGCUUGGACUCAAAGCUAGUGGCUUUGGUUGGAAUGACAAAGAUAAAUGCAUUGGCCAUCCCGCUGCAAAAGGCUUGCGAAACAAACCGUUCCCAUUUUUAGAACAACUAUCAGUUGUUUUUGGAAAAGAUUGUGCUACCGGGGAAGACUCAGAAGCUCCUGCGGAUGCAACUGAAAGGAUCAAUGAAGAGGAGACAAAUGGAAAUAAUGUUGGUGCUGAAAAUACAAACACAGUGGUAAAUGAACAUACCAGUCCUAGAAACACUCCAAGUGAGAGCGAAAACAAUACACCAACUGUUGGACAAUCACAACCAAGAAACGAGGAAACAGAUACUGGUCGAGGGUCCAAGAGAAGAAGAACUGGAGCAAAUGAAGAGCCUGUGGACUCUGCCACUGCUUGCCUGUUGUCUAUGCAGGGAAUGUUUGCUAAUGCUAAUGAUAAUGUUGCCAAGUUGGCUAACUGCUUUCAGUUCAUGCAAGAGGAUGCUGCAAGAAAGCACAAAAUCUUUGAAGAAUUGUUGAAACUGCAAGCUAUUCCAGAUGAGGAUCCAUGUCCCUGGCUCCCUGCGUUCGACAUUUUCAGUGGGUUGGCCGCGAACUUGUUUGACGUGUUUGACACCGGCCGUCGGACUUACAUGUUGGACGGCGACGAGGGAUGGUUGCCAAAACUCGGCAUGCUUCGCGCCGGCGGAGUCCUCGCCGAACUCGACGUGCUUUCCGCUGGCGGAGUCCUCGCCGAACUCGACGUGCUUCCAGCCGAAGAAGUUCUCGUCGCACUUGUCCUCCGCAUAUGA